UCUGACAAACCAGAUAUGGCUGAAAUUGAGAAGUUUGAUAAGUUGAAAAAGAUAGAAACUCAAGAGAAGAACCCACUGCCUUCAAAAGGAACAAUUGAACAGGAGAAGCAAGUAGGUGAAUCGUAAUGAAAUCAGCCCUUCCAAAUUAUGCACUGUACAUUCCACAAGCAUUGCCUUCUUAUUGUACUUCUUUUAGCUGUUUAAACUUGGCAAGAUGCAAAGAGGUCAGAUAAAGUUUAAACGACUGAACUUUCCCUU